GGCGCUUCACUACCUUCUUCUCUGGCCUCAAGAUGUCACACCUGUGGAUUCUGCUCUGCUUCCUCGUUGGUGCAUCAUAUGCGGCCGAGGUCUGCUUUAAUGAGCUGGGCUGCUUUGCUGACCUGCCUCCCUGGGGGGGCACUGCUCAAAGACCAGCCUCCGUCCUGCCCUGGAACCCCGAGGAGAUCGGCACCCGUUUCCUCCUCUUCACCCAAAAGAACCGCUACUACCAGGAGAUCAAGGCUGACAAAUCUAUCACGGUAUCAAACUACAGCGGGAUGAGAAAGACUCGAUUCAUCAUUCCUGGGUAUUUGCAGAAAGGAGACGAGGACUGGCCACAGGAGAUGUGUAAGGUUAUGUUGAAGUGGAAUAAUGUGAACUGCAUUGCUGUGGAGUGGAAGAAAGGUGUGAAGACUCAGUAUGCCCAGGCUGCCAAUAACGCCAGGGUGGUUGCUGCCCAGGUGGCAUCCAUGAUCACAUUCCUCAUGGGUAACUACAAGCAAACAGCUGAUAAGUUCCAUAUUAUUGGACACAGCAUUGGAGCUCACGCUGCAGGAGACGUUGGUAGCCAGAUCAGUGGACUCGCUCGCAUCACAGGACUAGACCCAGCUGAACCUUACUUCCAGGACACUAUUGCCUCCGUACGCCUAGACACCAGCGACGCCUCCUUUGUGGAUGUCAUUCACACCGAUGGACUACCUUUCAACUCUAAACUUGGUCUGGGAAUGUCGCAAUCCGUGGGCCAUAUUGACUUCUACCCAAACGGAGGAGAACUGAUGCCCGGCUGUUCAGCCAACAGAGGCAGACCCACUGACCUGGAUGCCAUCUGGGAGGAUACCAUGAAGUUUGAUGCCUGCAACCAUGUCCGAGCAUACGAGUACUACAGCGAGAGCAUGGUUAAGGGCCAAGGCUUUGUAGGAUUCCCCUGCUCUGACAAGGGCAGUUUUGAAGCAGGAAAGUGUUUCCCAUGUGCAGACAACAUGUGUCCUCUGAUGGGCCACUAUGCUGACAAGUUCACUGGGAUUGAUGGCAUUUCAAAGACAAAGUACUUCCUCAACACAGGCAGUUCAAAGCCCUUUGGCCGUUACAGCUACAGAUUGAUGUUAACCCUGGAUGGUCCCAGCUGGUCUAACCCAGGCUUCAUGUAUGUGGCACUGGCUGGAAACACCGACAGCACCCAGGAGCACCGGCUUCAUGUGGGCAUGAUGGUUUCUGGAAGGACCUAUGAGAUGCUGAUGGACGCUGAGGUGGAUAUGGAGGAUGUGACAGAGGUGACGUUUCGCUGGAACAACCACGUCUUUAACCCCUUGAAUCCCAAGUACGGAGCAACCAAAGUGGAGCUGCAGAGAGGAAAAGACAGGAAGAUCGCUGUCUUCUGCGGAACACAGAAUGUGGUGGAAAAUGGGAUCCAGCAUGUGCUUCCAUGCCAAGCUUAAGCCACAACUCUUUCAAUAAAGAUUUUUCAU